AUGAAAGACAUUAAAGAUUUAUCCUUCCUUGUUCCUGUGCAUAUCAAGUCAAUGGCUGAUCUCCUCAUUUCAAAGAAGUUUGAUAUUCAUAGUUCUACAAGGGCAGCAUCAAAUCACAUAUUGGAAUUAACUUGGGAGGCGCCUCUAAGGGGUGUCUGGAAACUGAAUAUAGAUGGAUGCUCUAUAGGGAAUUCAGGUAGCUCAUGCACAGGUGGUAUUCUACACAGUGCAACUUUUCAGAUGGGUUGUUAUGCGAUCUAUGAGGGAAUUGGAACUAACUUCAUGGCUGAAUUUGCUGCUUUCUUCCAUGGAAUACACCGAGCAUCUUUGAAGGAAAUCACGAAUUUGUGGAUAGAAUGUGAUUCUCAGGCUGUUGUUUCUUGCAUUAAAAGACAGAACAUUCCAUGGUGCUUUUUACAAAUAUGGUGGUACUACAAAGGUUACUUGGACAGCAUAACUUGGACUAUAUCUCAUUGCUAUCAGGAAAUAAAUACUAUAGCGGACAAGCUAGCCAAGCAUGCUGCUAUUUCUCGUACUUCUAAGAUUUGGAAUGCUUCCCCGUCUUUUAUAAAUUAUGAGCUUGAUUGGGACCUUCAACAUAGGUCUAGAUUUCGUUUUAUGUAA